AAGUAAUUUCAUUUAAAAUCUUUAACUUUUGAUAAACUUGUAACUACGAGGUCACUAUAUAUCAGAAGAGUUUAAUCUACCAAACUAUAUUAUGUAUUAUUUAUUAUAAUAGAAUACCCUUAUUAAAGUGUACAGAAUGAAGGCUAUUUAUCUUGUAUUAAUAUUAUAUCUCAUUAAAAGAAAAAUGGCUUUCACUCUCAACCCGCAAAGUCUACCAAUUGAAUCAAAAAAACUUUUAGUGCCAGGUCUUCCUGAAGUUGCAGAAGUAAUUAAGAAAAACCUAAAAACAAAUUUUGCUGAAGUUAGUGUAGAAGUGGUUGACUGCCCAGAUUUAACACAACAACCCUUCACUCUAGCCAGCCCAGGCCUUGGAGGGAAUACAAAAAUAGUUGAACUAGGAGGAAAUCCUUACUUGCUUCCUGUGGUUCACAAGGAAAAACUGUAUGAUCUAAAAGAUAUAGCAAAACUAAUAAAGUCUGAUCCUGCAUUUAUUAUAGGUGCUGGUGCAGGACCCAAUACAUAUAUUGGAGUUAAUUGUGAGGGAAUUUACAACUUAUUGCUUUCUAAUGGAGAAGUAGUAAAUCAGCAAACCAGAAUUUCUAAAGUUGAUUCCAAUGACGAUAAAGCCAUACAAGUAACAUUACCCCAGAAUGAAACACGUUUAGCUUUGUUAGGAAAUUUGUUUGUUUCUGAAGGAAAACCUGGAAAGGUCCUUAAAGUUUAUGCCAAAAAGCGGACUGGUGAAGACAACUUCAUUACUUCAAUAAGAAAUGCAAUAGUUAAGGAAUAUAAGGAACUAGUGGGUAUUGGUGGAGUGUUUUUAUUAAAAGAAGGCAAAGGUAAAUUCCACGUUAUGCGAGAUUUUUCAAAAACUCCCAUUGAAAACGAAGACCAAUUGAAUAAAUGGCUUAAAUUUUACAAUAUGUCGGCCCCGCUCAUUGGAGUAGGAACCUUAGUUAACAAUGAUGGGGGACCGCUUGACUUAAGAGUGCAACAUUUCCACAGUUUUAGUCACCAUGGAGAAGCAGGUCACUAUCACUAUGAUACCACACCUGAAGAUGCUGAAUAUUUAGGCUUCUUUAAUUUGGGCGAAGUGCUCUAUAGGAUAGAUAAACCAGAAAACACUCAUGGUUGGGGCAGAGAUUAAACAAAUAUUUGUAAUUAAAUGGACCAAUGUUGUUAUAAAUAUAAUUAUUAUAUUAUUA